AUGCCACGUAAAGCCACUAAAAGCGCAAGUGCUCCAGCUCCCAGGAGCAAUUCUAAACGUCCUGCGCCGGAGGUUCCAGCACGGCAGUCUAAGAGAGCACGGGCUACCGCAAGGAAGUCUUACGUCGAGCCUGAGAGCGACACGGAUAGCGACGGGAACAAACCCAAGGCAGACGUCGCACCCGACGAUGACGAGGAUGACGUUGUAGCAUCAGACUACGAGGAACAUAGCGACAAGGAUCCAUCGUCGGAAUCCGAGCACGAUGAAACCGCCAGUGACGACGAAUCUGAGGGCAAGCGAGCAACUCCUAGAGGGCGCGAAACCAAGAGCCUUGCCAUACACAAGAAGGUCGCUGGCGAGAAAGAGCUAUGGAAACCCGGUGCGAAGCUCGCACCAGGAACGCAGCUGAUCAUCAAGAAACCAAAGGCUCGAGAUGCAGGCGACACGCCGUACUUGGAUCACACAAUCCACCCAAAUACUAUGCUGUUCCUUAAGGACUUGACGGCUAACAACGACCGCCAAUGGUUGAAGCGUGAGUGA